CUGAUGUUAGAAAUCAGAUAAUAUUUGCUGUUCGUCAAGAAUAUGUCGAGCUUGGAGAUCAGCUCCUCGUGCUUCAACCUGGAGACGAAAUUGCCGUUAUCCCCCCCAUUAGUGGAGGAUAGUGCUUUUGAGCCAUCUAGGAAAGAUAUGGAUGAAGUUGAAGAGAAAUCUAAAGAUGUUAUAAACUUUACUGCUGAGAAACUUUCAGUAGAUGAAGUCUCACAGUUGGUGAUUUCUCCGCUCUGUGGUGCAAUAUCCCUAUUUGUAGGGACUACAAGAAAUAACUUUGAAGGGAAAAAAGUCAUUAGCUUAGAAUAUGAAGCAUAUCUACCCAUGGCGGAAAAUGAAGUCAGAAAGAUUUGUAGUGACAUUAGGCAGAAAUGGCCAGUCAAACACAUAGCAGUGUUCCAUAGACUUGGCUUGGUUCCAGUGUCAGAAGCAAGCAUAAUCAUUGCUGUGUCCUCAGCCCACAGAGCUGCAUCUCUUGAAGCUGUGAGCUAUGCCAUUGAUACUUUAAAAGCCAAGGUGCCCAUAUGGAAAAAGGAAAUAUACGAAGAGUCAUCAACUUGGAAAGGAAACAAAGAGUGCUUUUGGGCAUCCAACAGUUAAUCACUUAUGUUUUUAGAGCGUGCAAUCUUAACUUCGUUAAACUAUUAUUAUUGAUCACAUUUUGAUUUUUUUCUCUCCACAUCAGGAUAGUUUACUGAAGCACAAUCUCUUAUACUAGUGGGACAAAAGGGAGAAAAAGGAAGCAAGAUAAAUGGGUAUGUAGGAUGAAGCGUUAUUUAAAAUGGAACUAAAGAUAGGAGGAGGACUGUAGGAAGAAAUGGAAUAAUUUAAAUGUGAGGAAAGAUAUCUGUGGUAGACGUGUCCUUCCAUGACUAAUUUCUAAUUGUAACUCAACACACAUUGAGGUAUGGGCCCUCCUCAGUGACUUUAACUAGCUCAGAAACAUACUCCCCCACCAACCCCACCUCACCGCCCCCCAUCCCGGUUCUGGGAGAGCAUUGUUAUUAAGGAUGCAUGACAGGAAUGUUGGCAGAACUGGAAAGUAUUAAAAAAGCAUUAUCAGACAGUCUUGAUAUUAUGUAUUUUCAGAAAUAUAUUAAAAAUAAUAAACUAAAACCCAUGAUUUCAAAAGUUUAAAAA